UAUACCUACAGUUGCUUUCAUAUACAUACAUACGCACGUGUUAUAAAUUUCGCAUAUCGGUUUUCAUUUAGUUUUCAAUGCGAAUAUUAAAAUGUAUAUUAAAAUGGUGCAUGGUAACUGUAUUCUUACUUUCUGCGACGUUUAUUGUUAUUUUCUUACAAGAGGAGGAUCUAAGAAGAGUCCCUGCUAUAGAAAGAAUUCAAACGGAAGUACCGAUCAAGACUAUUAACAACUGGGAUGAGUACAGAACAUUACGAUUAAAUGCAAACAAGAACCUUUCAAAUUUGGGUAAAAUAUUAUACCUAGGCGAAUCAUUUCAACCACAACAGAUUGAUAGGAAGUACAAAAUAUUGAUAUGGAAAUAUGGAAAAUUUUUAGAAAGAAGGCACUUACAACACUUUAAAAAUAAACUAUUUGAUCCAUUCGAAAAAUGUUCAGUAAAAAACUGUGUCAUUACGUACAAUGACACGGAGCUUAAAAGUGCGGAUUUAAUCAUUAUACAUCUACAAUGGGUAAAAGGUAGACAUGAACUUCCUUUGCAAAAAAGAAAAAAGGAUCAAUUCUGGGCCUUCUUAACUGACGAAAGUCCUUACCAUACUUUUGGAAAUAAUAAUGUUCAUUUGCGGGACUUUAAUGGCGUUUUUAACUGGUCAAUGACUUACAGAAUGGAUUCAGAUAUUCCUGUACCCUACGGACGUACUUUACCCCUUCGAGAUAACGAAAGAACCGAAUUCGAUUUCGAGAAAUGGAAUGCAAACAGAAAGCAAGAUGUACUUAUAGCAAUAUUAUCAUCAAAUUGUUACCCUAUUAAUCACAGAUGGGGUUACGUAAACGAGUUAAGCAAGUACAUACGAGUAGACACAUAUGGAGGAUGCGGUAAAUUGAAAUGUGAUAAUAAGUUUUAUUAUGGUCUUGACUGUAGUUUGGUUUCCAACUAUAAAUUCUACCUAUCUUUUGAAAAUUCCAAUUGCAAUGAAUAUAUUACAGAAAAAGUUUGGUGGCAAGCAUACCACAAAGAGAAUAUUCCUAUUGUGAUGGGCUCUUCCAAAGAUACUUAUAAGAGACUGUUACCUCCAGAAUCGUACUUGAAUGUAGAAGAUUUUGCUUCUCCAAAAGCUUUAGCUGACUAUGUGCUGUAUCUUAAUAGAACACCUUCAGUGUUAAAAAACUUCUUCAAUUGGAAACGAAAGUUUAAAGUAGUUAACGAACAUGGCUAUUUUGCAACCGAUUCUUACCACUACUGUAGAGCUUGUGAAGCUUUAAAUUAUAAUGAGAAAAAUUACAAAAGUUAUAACGAUCUUGAUAUAUUUUGGAGCACAAAUGACUGCCACCCCAGAUGGGAUAGUUAAGAUAAAAUUCUGAUGGUCAAUUUUUUAUACAUCCUUAUUAUAGUGGACGUAUUCCUAAAUGGACGUUACUUCCUUAAGAAUGGCCGUAUUUGGAUGUUCUGAGGUCUAAAUUAUUAUUUUACGACACCAUUAAAUUACAAUUUAUCUCCAACUUACAACUUUUUGGAAACAAAAAUUAAAGCGUUUUAUUUAGAGAAGUGACUAAAAGAGUGGAGAAGAAAUUAUUUCUAUUACAAAUUGAAGAAACAACUCAAGUAAAGACAAUAAUUUUCAUUAGAAAAAGUCGCAUGCAUUUACCUCUUUUAACUUUCCCUUGGAAAACUAUGUUAAAAAUUGAUAGAACUAUUUUUGUAGUGAUGGUAAAGCAAAAUACGGCGAUUCUGAAUGAUGAUUUAUUUCUUUAUAACUGCUACUUGCAUUGCUCCCUUGUCCUAUUCAUUAAUGAUUGCAUUUAAUAAUAAAAUCAUUUAGUAUCUUGAUAAUGUUUUAAAACUAUGUACCCACUAUCUAAGAAUUGUUGAUUGUCUAACGCAUUAAGGGUUGCUAUCCUGUAAUCAAUAUUCAGUAGCUAUUUGGAUAAUGAGCGGAGUAUAUUGCUUUGUAACCACUAAUUAAAUUAUUCGAAAAUUAUGUGAAUAAAAUAUGAGUGCAACCACAUCCAGCACCUAACAUAGAGAAUGCCGAUAUCACUUUACACCUCCUUAUCAUGAAAACGACAAGAACAACUGCUGGUUAAUUCAUUUUUUCGGUAGCGUAGUUCUUUAUGCCCUGUGGGGAUUCCCACAGGAGUUCUGGCUUUUUUUCUUGUUGAGGAUAAGAAUUUGUACUCUGUACGUAGUUUAUAGGGGAGAUGAAGGCCUUUGCUUGCCUACAUCCUGGUUAUGUUUCCCAGUCUCUGUAAAGUUCUGAAUCAAUUUCUUGCUUGACAAGGUUACCACCAAACAUAUUCUAGUUGGGCACCCGCUUUCGCAAACUCGUCUAUGGGCUCAGUUUUCUUUAUGCCGCUGUGAAUCAGGACCUACAAUAAAAUCACCUCUGUUAACGACUUGUAUGAUUGUUUAACAGCUUCGAAUUUGUUGAAUAGCUAUCCUUAAAAGGUAUUUAAAUCAUCUUUGCAAUCAGUGCAUUUGUAAACGCGCCCGAUAAAGUAGUCAGCACCUCCCCCAACGAGUAAGAGUCAUUUAUUACUUCCGUAUAAAGAGGAGUAGCAAACUGACUCAAAGGUAGUAAAUACCUACUCUCACUUCGGCGGUUGUAAAUGUCACUUUCACACUUCUUCGUGUUCCUUGGAUCACUUAGGCAAAUACUGAGGCAGUAAUUUUCCACAGAUAAUCUUUCAUUCUCCUCUGUCUUCAUU